CAGGGCACUCUUGGUCUGUAUGCCCCUGCGUCCCAUACCAAAUAUGCGAGUAUACCCAUGUCGUCACACCUAGCUAUUUAUAGCCAGUCAAAAAGUACCUCUGGUCCUUGGUUUGAGGGCUCUACUGGCUUUGCCUCCCAGGGAAUGAGUAGUACUUACAGUGGUUCUGUCCAGUCUCAAGGUACCACAAGUCAGUUUGCCUCUGGGUCUCCAUCCUCUUAUCCAAUUGUAACACUAUUCUCACCCCAAGGAUCCGCCAGUCAGUCCGCUACAGCCCAGAGUUCAUGGAAGCAGUUUGCCUCUAGAUAUGGCACCCAGUCAGGGUCCUCUAAGCCAAUCACCCUGCAGGGAAGCACUUACGGUGGAUCACUCCAGCCUCAAGGUACCACAAGUCAGUUUGCAUCUGGGUCUCAAUCCUAUCCAAGUGUAUCACUAUCCUCGCCCCAAGGGUCCUCCAGUCAGUCUGCUGCAGUCCAGAGUUCACAGAAGCAGUUUGCCUCUAGAUAUGGCACCCAGUUAGUGUCCUCUACGCCAAUCACCCUGCAGGGAAGCAAGUAUGGUGGAUCACUCCAGCCUCAAGGUUCCUCCAGUCAGUCUGCUGCAGUCCAGAGUUCACAGAAGCAGUUUACCUCUAGAUAUGGCACCCAGUCAGGGUCCUCUAAGCCAUUCACCCUGCAGGGAAGCACCACCGAUGGUGGGUCACUCCAGCCUCAAGGUACCACAAGUCAGUUUGCCUCUGGGUCUUCAACCUCCUAUCCAAUUGUAACACUAUCGUUGUCCUCGUCCCAAGGUGUUGCUGACCAGUCCGGCCAAGCAGUUCAAAGCUAUUCUGGGUACCAAAGCCAAAAGUCUCAAAGAUGGCAGCCUUCACGAGGUAUUCAUGCCUCGGGUGGAGCUGCAUCAUGGGGUAGCUCUCUGUCUCAAAGCUCUCCAAUGCAGAGUUUCUUUUCUUCCCUGUCGUCAGCAGGAGGCUCAUCUUCAGCAUAUCCUGGACCAUUUGUUUCUGCACAGGGUGGUAGCAGCAGACAUGGUGGCAUUUCUCUUCAUUCUCAAAGCCCCUCUAGGAAGUACACUCCUGGGUCUCAUGCAUAUGCCAUGCUUGGUUCCUCUCCCCUAGCUGUUUCUAGCCAGUCUACCAGUGAUAAGUGGUCAAAUGGCCUGUAUAGGUCAGAGUCUCUGGGAACCCAGGGUCUCAUUGGUGUAAUUGAAAGACCCUCUAGGCUCUCGUCUCAAGCUCCUGACUCUACAAGAAGUAACCAAAUAUCUGAGCAUUUUGGGACCAUGAAACGCCCCACAGGUUCAAACCUAACUCCAUCUCUAGGCUUGAGUGCCCUAGAAUCAUCUGUUGGCAUGUUCUACAGUAUCCCACAGACUGCACAUGCACUACGUAACUCUGGGUCAGAUGUCCAGCUAAACAAUAAACCAUUCCUCAAUCAGCGAUACUCUGUAAAGGGCUAAGGAACUCUAUAAAACAGCUAUGUUAUGCAAAGUGUCUUCCAGAAUAAAAAAAAUCAAAUGUUUAACAGUU